UCACCGGGUCCCAGCAGGAGAUUCCCUGCCGUCACCCGGAAAUCUCUGACAGGGGAGAGACCUUAACAUGCUGCUGUGUACUUCUCUGCACAGCACAAAAAUAUACAGAAGCAUGUUUCCCUAGUAAAACACACACAGCACACAAACACACAGUACAACAGCACAGAGCACACGGUUAACCCUUUGAUCGCCCUGGAUGUUAACCCCUUCCUGCCCAGUAUCAUUAGUACAGUGUCAGCGCUUUUUAUUAGCACAGACCACUGUAUUAGUGUCAUUGGAAUGUCAGUGGCAGUUAAUCAGUUCCCCUCCAGUGUCAGAAUGCCCACCGCAGUCCCGCUAU